AUGAACAACCCGCUCUUUGAGGCCAUCAGACAAAACAACAUUGGCGGUGUCAAAGCACUUCUCGACCCCAGAUCCACUGACUCGCAUCAUGGAAAACGCCCUGUUGAAGUCAACACCAGGGACGUGUAUGGACGAACUCCACUCCAGUUAGCUGUCUCGCUGGGAAACAUGGCUAUCGUGACAUUACUACUGAAUGUCCCUCGUGUUAACGUCAAUAUCCCGGAUAUCGAGUCUGGCUGGACGCCCAUGCAUCGUGCACUGUAUGGUGGAAACCUGGAUAUCGCGCUCGAGAUUCUUAGGACGCGGAGUGAUUGUGAUUUGAGUAUACGGGAUUAUGAAGGGAGCACGUGUUUGGAAUUGUUAAAUUCGUCCAUCGAGCAACCAAAACCAGGAGCAUACUCGUCUAUCGCCAAGAGUAUAGGUAGUGGAGGCGAUGAGAGUGCUACUGUCACUACCGCAACUACAGAUGAAGAGCAAGGGAAUACCAGCUCAUUGAUUGAGAAUCUAUCAUGUACGAGUGUGUGGACUUGGGGAGUUAAUAGUAAUUAUGUGUUGGGACAUCAAAACUCAGACAACCGCACAUUCCCUGAACGUGUUAUAAUACCAGUACCCAGUGACAUUCCCGUCACAAUCGAUACCCUACAGUGUUUCCAACCACACCACCAUUCGAUAAACAUAUCCAAAUACCAUACAGCCAUUGCAACCGACCAAGGACUGUAUCUGAACGGUUUUGGAGUCGGUGGCAGACUCGGACUCGGCGACGAAGAAACACAGCUACGGCCGACCCUCGUCGACGGUGUUCGUGGCGAAGUAUCGCAAGUAGCGCUGGGGCCUGACCAUACCGUGGUUUUGACUUCCCAUGGACAGGUUUUCACGUGGGGAAGUAACAGGUAUGGACAGCUGGGGUAUCCGACUGAUGAUGAGAAUGGUGAAGGUGGUGGGAUGGGGAAGAAUGCGUCUCCACAGGAAGUGCUGGGUGCAUUGAAAAAGGUGGUGAUUUGUGGGAUUGCGGCUGCCAAAUUUCAUUCUGCUGCAUAUUCGCAGCAAGGGCUAUUGUACACCUGGGGGAUGAAUAUUGGGCAGUUAGGUAUGCCUAUUGCUGCAAGUGCUCCGUUAAUCAAUGCACAUCCACGAAAAGUCACAUCGUUGCCACAAAUGGAUAUUGUUCAGAUUGCUGUGACUAACAAUGCUACGGCAGUGUUGAAUGCUUCUCAUGAGGUCUACGUACACGCUGAAUUCCACUGGCAAAAGCUCUCCUUCCCAUUCCCAUCCUUCCCACGUCGCAUGAAGGUCCAUCAAAUUGACCUGACACCCCCGCAUAUCGUGAAAAUCGUCGGAGGCAGCAACCAACAUCCUGGUGCCCACUUAUUUGCUGGUGUCUCAUCCUCUGGUGAUGUCUUCAUGUGGUCUCCACCUGAUAAAGUAUACGCAGAUACAUGGCAGCAAGUCACGUUUCCUCAACGUAGACCGAAACGUGUAUGGAGAACACGGAAGAAGCAUUUGGCUGCGAGAGAUGUUGCUAUUGGAAUUGAUAGUAAUUUGCUGGUUAGGACGGAGAGUGGACAUGUGUUUACGGGGAUUAGAAGGAAAGAGGCCAAGAUUCGGGAAUCUUUGUCUGAUAGCGGUGACGUUACGUAUUUCAAGUAUACCAAAGUACCAUUCCUGCAGCACAUUACGACCGUCGUAGCAUCCGAGAACGGAGCCUACGCUGCAAUCCGCGUGGACACUCGACCACCGCCUAUAGAUAUAACACGUGCAUCUCUACCUUCUGAUAUGCGUCGUGCCUUCGCAUCAUCAAAGGCCUUGUCAAUACUACCGCCAGAUGUCCGUGACUUGGACGACUCUCCUCGACCCGUGAUAUCAGGUCGCGAUCUCAUGGACGAUUCGAUGUGUGACGUGAUUAUAGAGUGUGAUGAUGCACGACUACGUGCUCAUGCUGCUGUCUUAGGAGCGCGAUCUAGGUUUUUUGGAGACAUGUUGGUGCAUCCUACCCAACCAGUUGAAACUAAAGGGGAUGUGAAAUUUAUUGUGUCUGCUAUUGAUGCUGAAACGACACACGUGAAGGUUAAAGGGUGUCAUGGUGUUACGAUGGGACUGGUGCUUGAAUUGAUAUAUACUGGAGCUCGGAGGCGGUAUUGGGAAAACAUAUAUAUAGAUCGUGAAAAGAGUGCAGAGCCGUCGCCUGCUACUGUCAAAGCAGAGUAUUACAGGAUGUUGAGACUUUUGGGUGUUGAUGAUACGAAUACGUCUCCGUCAUUGCCAAAACCGGCUGUAAUGCUGUCUAGGUCUUUUACAACGAUAUUGCCGACUCUUAGUAACAACAGUAGUAAUGGUAACGACGCACCUCCAUUCACAGACGUCUUACUACGUCUAAAAGAUGGAGAUGUUGGAGCCCAUCAAAUCAUUCUCGCGUCCCGAUGUCCCUUCUUUGAUGCCAUGCUAGGUCCAUCAUCGCCAUGGACCAUACAAAAAGUGAAUGGAAUGUCAGUAGUGUCACUCCCUCACUUGUCCUGGAAACGACAAAUGGAUGUAGUCAUGCUCCACAUGUACUCGGACGCAUCAGCUGAAGAUGUCUUUGGACGAACGGAAGCAUCCGACAUCCACGAAUGGACUGAAGUUGUUGUGAAUGUAUUCGCAGCAGCAAAUGAAUUGUUGCUCGAUCGUCUUAAAGACCAGUGUGCUUCUAUACUAGCCAUGUCUAUAGAUUUGACGAAUGUCAUCUCGCUGCUGGAGAUUUCGGACAUGUAUGAUUGUCCCAAGCUGGAUUCAUCGUGUCUGGACUAUCUAUGCUGGAAUGUCGAGACGGCUGUUGAGACUCGCAUGUUGGAGAAUUGUGAUCCGAGUGUUAUUGCGAGGAUUACGGAGGCGCUGAAAGCUAUGCAGGAAGAACAUCAGCCUUAUGUGAGAGGUCCUGAUGGGUAUUGGGAGGUUGCGAGAGAGAAGGCUAGGGUUUUGGAGGAGGAGCAAAAGCAGAGGAGAAGAGAGAUGCAUAGGGCUGCUGCUGCAGAGUCCAAAUUAUUGGGCGCUUCGCCAUCACUGGUUUCACCAUCGCUGCCACCAAUGAUUGGAGAAUCUCCGGCUAUGAGACCAACUUCAGCAGCUUCACCAUGCAUGCGACCGUCAUUAAUGGAUAGUCCGAGUCUAUCACCUGAAGACACUAUCUUUGAAAUGGAUUUAGGUGAUGGUGCUGCAACUGCUUCUUCUGGUACUUUGAACCGACUACCAGGUAAUAAUAAACUGGUGCCUUCAGUCAGUGCGGACUCUCUAGACAGCAAAAGUGGCAAGAAGGUUGUUUGGCAGAAAUUAGAUUUAGGACAACCUGCCUUGUUAUCUGUUCCUGCUGCAACGAAGUCAAUGUCAUCGUCGUCUGCUAUUACUGAGGCUGGGAAGAGUACGAGGAGGUCGAAUGAGAGUGUUGAUGGUGGUGGUGAUUCGGAUGUGGGUGUGUCUGGGAAGGUGUGGGAGAGUACUUCGGUGAGGAAGGUAUCGUUACGAGACAUUAUGGAACAGACAAGUACAUCUUCAGUCGAUAAACCCAUAGUAUCUCCUCGACAAUCAAUUACGUUUGAUCGCGUUCCUAUAAAGACUGAUAUACGGCAAUUUGGAGAUAAUCCAACCCGUGAUGUAUUCACAACUGUAACAUCUGCUAGUGGAACAACCAGUGGUAGUGCAGGUGCAAGUGGUAGUUAUAGCAGCGCACAACGAGUGCGCCCACCACCGUGGCAAUCCCCAACAUCUGGGCCCUCCUCAGGAUCACCAUCUAUAUCAUCAACACCAGCAGCAUCACAAUCUUCAUCAUUCGUUGACCUACCAUUCAAAAUCACACCAGACAAGACAAUGUCGCAGAAAGAACGGAGACGGUCUGCUGGUAAAUCGAAUGCUACAUCACCGACUCUUGGACCUAGCAAAUCGCCUGGACAGCAUUCAUUGACGUCUCCAGUCUUGUAUCCGGGACAAUCGUCGGGACGUACGGUGCCGUUUGAUACGUCGCCGAGAAUUGCGGGUGGGAAUGCACUGACGGCUGCUAGUCCGCCUGAUGGGAGAGCGGUUUGGGGGAAUAGUGGUGCAAGUAAUGCGGCCAUGGUACCUGCUGCUGGUGGUUCAAGUAGUGCUGGGAAUGCAGGUGCUAAGACUAUGAAGCAGAUACUUGUUGAGGAAGAGUUUUGGAGAAAGCAGAGUUUGGAGAAUCGGGGCGGGUUGUCUAGUAGCCCGAGUUUGUUGAGUGGGGCGUUUAGUAUGGCUGAUUUCAGAUUACCACCAGCAUGGGUGCCACAAUCAUCAUCACCACCAAUCCGUGGCUUCCCAGCCAUGCCAUCCAUAUCAACCGCGUCGCCACCACCAACCAACUUUUCAGCUAUACAAGCUGAACAGGAAGCUGCUGCUGGACUAAGAGCACGUAAACUAAAGAAGUCGUUGGAACGGAUCCAGUAUGAGGAACGUGCUGUUACUGGUUUGGCGCAAUAUUAUCGACAGACUAGUGUGCCCGGGAGUGGAGAGUGGAUUUCUAUAGUGCAGAUCAAUUGA